CAACAUGCUCACUGAUGGGACGAAUGUCUGAGGGUUUAUCAGCAACCAUCCAUCUCUGAUACGGCUGGCCGGCAUCGGGAAGCUCCUGGACGCUCGGACUCUGGCUGUGAACGGCUGCUCACUCACACAGUGUACAUGGCAGGGAUGCUGGCCCUCGCACCGGGCAGCAGCUGCGAGUGGGCCAACUCGCCUCGCCAUCGUCUCCACUCCCGCCAAAAAUUGGAAAGGCUGCAUCCCUGCAAGCGCAGGCCUAGAAGUAUCCUGGUACCGGUGAGCCCCCCCCAGCGUCAAACACCAUUCCACUUCCCACUCACUCGGCCCACGCCUCCCUGGCCCCAUUGCAUCCGGUCACUUUGACUUCCUUGUCAACGCUUACGAUUACUCCUUCACCAUCGCCUCCCUCGUCCACCACAACCUCACCAUCUCACCUCUCUCACUCUCUUUUCCUCCUCUCUCUCCCCCUCCCCUCUCUCCCUCCAUCACGACCGCCCGCUCGUGUCGCCCAUACCACAUCCCCUCUCUUCAAUUUCUGCACUGUAGCGAGCUGUGUCCCGACCAGAAACCAUUUUCCGCCCACCGACCAUUGCUCAUUUCGGAGCCUGUACAUUGGGCCACCUUGAGCGUCUUGGCUGGUUCGGGCCCAGCGCCAGAGUCGCCAUCCUUACGAACGUGCCCCUUGCCUCCUGCACCAGCCGUCCCCCAUUGUCACCAUCUCAACUUCGACCACUGUCCUCAAGUCGAACCCACGAGGCCGAAUUCAACCUUUUGCCAGUACCGAGGGCUGGCAUUUAAGGAGCCGGACUGCCGGAAACAGACUCAACCCCGACAGCGGCCGUGUCCCGGACAGGCAUUUUGCAUUCAAUUUAGCAUUCAGCACACGCUCUCCCAUCACCUGCCAGUUGCUUGCUAUACCUACCACUGCUGGCCGCCCACCGUGUCGACCUUCCGACCCUCCGGUCAUUUCUUGCUUCUGUCAACAGCAUCCGUUUUGCAAACCCAGGCAACCCACGAGAUUGCCGACACCACCAACGAUUAAACCAUCCUCCUUUCUUCCCUGCACAUUCCCGAGCGCCAGUUCCGUUGCUGAAAUAUUGCCGGAAUUUCUUGCCUCCGCCGUUGGUUGUGAUAAAGUGCCUUUCACUUCUCUUGCGGGCACCAGACCAUUCUCUCGGCACCAGGAGCAGGCGAUUUUGCCUUUUGUCCAGGGACUGAACGGGCUUUCAAAUCGUCAUCCUUGCAUCGGAACAUCAUAGCACACAAUGCCCUAUACACCACCCAGUCACAGGUCGCCGGCCACAUCGGUCCCGACGUCGCCGGACGGAAGUCGUAGGCCAUCAUUCCAUCAACAAAGUCCCAGCUCACGCCCCGUCCUCCCUCGAUCGGCCUCGUAUCUGAUGAAGCACCGCCGUACUCCCUCAGCGUCGGCUCAGCGUUCAACAACCGAACCUACACCGGAAUCGACGUCCGAAGACCUGCAGAAGUUGGUUAUCAGCACCAGUGUGCGGCAAUCGCCACCGCCCAUCACAGGUGACCGAAGAAUGCCCAACGCCGCGAUAAUUUCUCCACCCGACUCAUCGGACGACGAUAUGCCACAAGCCAGAAAGAUCGAAAACCUCAAGGAGCUUCAGGAUGUAGCCAGUCAGAUUCCUCAGCAGCGGCCCAACUCCCCAUCCAAGGGCACGGUCACGGAUAACCAGUCGCCCGAUGCUGGCGAUUUGCUUGUUCUGCCGGCGCAGGUCAACGCUCUCGCUCAAGGCAUGCAUCAUAGCUUCAGCACAAGCUCUCUCGACGGUCUACUUGGGUCAAAUCGCCGUUUCUCUCACGCAAGAUCACAGACAGAGCCGCAUAUCACCAUUAGCAAGUCGGCCAGCAGCUCGGCAACCGGUUCUGACGAAGAAUCCGACAGUGAAAUGCAGCGAAAGCCGCAGAUGGUUCGAAAGAAGUCGGGUGAAUUGGUUCGUCCGGCCCUGCGCCCGCCAUCACGCCGACGGCCGUCCAGCAUGCCUGGGACGCCCACGUUUUCCAAGGCUGUCCACUUUGACUCACAUCUCGAGCACGUGAGGCACUUUCUACAGGUGGAUCGUCCUCUGGCCGUCAGUGCAGGAUCGUCCCCGAUCGAUCAUUACGACAGUGACACCGAGUAUCCGUUUUCUGGUGACAACAGAGCGGCUGUUCGGUCACCUCCUUUCGAAUGGGAAAUUACCAUGCCGACCUUCCCUGUGGAGACCCCGGCACGCAAGUCCCAAACUGUUAGGCUGGAGCGGGUAUGGCUGUCCAAGGACCAGAAGUGUCUGAUCGGCUCAGUCGCCGUCGCGAACCUUGCUUUCCAGAAGAGUGUCGUUUGCAGAUUCACGUUGGACUACUGGAAGACAACAUCCGAGGUCGCCGCCGAGUACAUCUCGGACAUCCGGCCUGUUGAUACACCGUACCCUCAGGAUCGCUUCAAUUUUACCAUCAAGCUGUCGGAUCUUGCCAACUUGGAAUCCAAGACCUUAUACUUCUGCAUCAGAUUCAGCUUCAACGGGCAAGAUCACUGGGACAACAACAACGGGACCAACUUCCAGGUCGACUUCCACAAGAAGAUGCUUCCUCAAAACGGCAAGCAGGGAGUCAUUGGUGCCGCCUCGCGUCCGCUCAACGGGCUUCCCAAGAGCAACCGACGGCCCAGCAGUGCUUUGGCACAGAAGCCAAAGGUGAAGCUGACUGGUACAGAUGAAUUUGGCGACGGCACCAAGAUCAAUUUCGACCAGUCCAUUCAUGACUUUCUUGGGGAGUCGCGCACCGGUGGCCUUCGUCUUAAGGGGGUGAAGAGCGCCGCCAACCUCCCCAGUGAUAAUUUGCCCAGUCGUCUCGCCCCUCCUAGUGGACAGGCAUUUGCCAACCGGUACGACUUUGGCGCCUCUCUUACCCUCGCCAUCCAGACGGCCAAGGACACCAUGGCCUCCAAGUCUGAUGGCUUGUACAUGAAGCCACACUGGAGAGCCGUCCCCCAGAUCAACACCGCAACCACCAAGCCUGCCGACGUGAAGCCUACAGACAAGGCUGAAUCGUCGGCUCGGUCUGACAAGCCCGUCAAACCCGCGGCAGUUGUCACAGCUCCCCCGGUUGUGAAGCCCGCCACUGUGCCCGGCACCGACUCCCCUGGCACAAGCAUCGCAUCUGCCUCGUACGAGGAGCUGGUCAACAAAUACUGCUUUUUUGGCACGAAGCAAAGCAGCCCCUUGUACAGUCAUGACCCAUCGAGGCCUGGCCGCUUUGAUGGUGUCGAUGACGGACUCCGGUCCAACAACAGCAGCGGCACAUCAAGUUACGAAGGCAGUCCAGUUCAGAUGGGCAACUAUCAUCACUCCCACAGUGGCACUCAACACCACUCCCUGCAUCCCAAGGAUUCAAAUCCCUACUUCCAGCAGCAUCCCUCAUUUGUGGCCAUGGGUGUUUCGCCGGCCGAGUCUCCCACCAUGGGCUUUCCGACACAGAGAACGGAUAGUACCCUAGUGGGCCCGGCACCGACUGCCUCGGGACAGAAGAAUGAUCGUCCCUCUGGGACUUUUGCCUCCUUCGCUGGUACGUCGUCGAACGAAUAUCCCUAUCAACAACAGAUGCCCGAUCGCUUUCCCUUCUCCGGGGCCGAGGCUCAUUCAGCGACAGCUAUCAGGGGUUAA